UCUGUGUGUGCCUUUUUAUUUAUUUAUUUAUUUAGUAGUAUAUAGUAUAUAGUGACCGACUUUAUUUAUUGCCGGACAUCUUCGGGGGACCACAGGAACUCCGGAUAUCGAACACUUAUUGGUUGUAAAUAGUUAAUGAUUCGGUAAUAAAACAAGAAAAAUCAUGGAGGACGCCCACUGUAAAACAGUGGAUGAAGUUUUGAGUUAUUUCAACGUCGACAGGGAAAAGGGUCUCACAAUUGAUCAGGUGAAGCGGAAUCAAGAGAAAUAUGGACCCAAUGAACUUCCAACAGAGGAAGGAAAAUCAAUAUGGCAGUUAGUAUUGGAACAAUUCGAUGACCUUCUAGUUAAAAUCUUGUUGUUAGCCGCAAUUAUUUCUUUUGUUCUAGCUUUAUUUGAAGAACACGAUGAAGAAGGUACAUCAAUUACAGCUUUCGUCGAACCUUUCGUUAUUUUACUUAUUCUCAUUGCCAAUGCCGUCGUUGGUGUAUGGCAAGAGAGGAAUGCCGAAUCAGCCAUUGAAGCCCUCAAAGAGUAUGAACCUGAGAUGGGCAAGGUUGUUCGUGCUGACAAAGCCGGUGUACAAAAAGUUAGAGCUAAGGAAAUCGUUCCUGGUGACAUUGUUGAAGUUUCAGUUGGUGACAAGAUCCCUGCUGAUAUCAGGCUGACCAAGAUCUACUCUACCACCCUGAGGAUAGAUCAGUCCAUCCUGACUGGUGAGUCUGUGUCAGUCAUCAAGCACACUGACCCCGUUCCAGACCCAAGGGCUGUCAACCAGGACAAAAAGAACAUCUUAUUCUCUGGUACCAAUGUUGCUGCUGGAAAGGCUAGAGGUGUUGUCAUGGGAACUGGCCUCAACACUGCCAUUGGUAAGAUCAGAACUGAAAUGUCUGAGACUGAAGAGAUUAAGACUCCUCUGCAGCAGAAAUUGGAUGAAUUUGGUGAGCAACUUUCCAAGGUCAUCUCUGUCAUCUGUGUUGCUGUCUGGGCCAUCAACAUUGGGCACUUUAACGAUCCCGCUCAUGGUGGAUCUUGGAUCAAGGGUGCUGUAUACUACUUCAAGAUUGCUGUAGCCUUAGCUGUUGCUGCCAUCCCUGAAGGUCUGCCUGCUGUCAUCACCACUUGUCUUGCCCUUGGCACACGUCGUAUGGCUAAGAAGAACGCCAUUGUUAGAUCUUUGCCAUCUGUAGAAACCUUAGGUUGUACCUCUGUAAUCUGCUCUGACAAAACUGGAACACUUACUACCAACCAGAUGUCUGUUAGCAGGAUGUUUGUUUUUGAGAAGAUUGAAGGAUCUGACAGCUCUUUCAGUGAAUUUGAAAUCACUGGAUCAACAUAUGAACCAAUUGGUGAUAUCUUCCUUAAGGGCUCUAAAGUUAAGGGAUCUGAAUUUGAAACACUCCAUGAACUUGCUACUAUCUGCAUCAUGUGCAAUGACUCUUCCAUUGAUUUUAAUGAAUUCAAGCAGGCCUUUGAAAAGGUAGGAGAGGCCACUGAAACAGCUCUAAUCGUCCUUGCUGAGAAAAUGAAUCCCUUCUCUGUUCCUAAGACUGGUCUUGAUAGGAGAACUGCUGCCAUUGUUGUCAAGCAGGAUUUGGAAACCAAAUGGAAGAAAGAAUUCACCCUUGAGUUCUCUAGGGACAGGAAAUCCAUGUCUUCUUAUUGCACACCACUCAAGCCAUCCAAGCUUGGCACUGGUCCCAAACUCUUCGUUAAAGGUGCUCCUGAAGGUGUUCUUGAAAGGUGUACCCAUGCCAGAAUUGGUUCCACCAAAGUUCCUCUUAAUGCUACUCUUAAGAACCGCAUCCUUGAACUCACUAGGCAGUAUGGUACUGGUCGUGACACCCUGCGUUGCCUUGCCCUUGCCACUGCUGACAACCCAAUGAAACCCGACGAAAUGGAUCUUGGUGACUCCACUAAAUUUUACACCUAUGAAGUUGGUCUUACAUUUGUUGGUGUUGUUGGAAUGUUGGACCCUCCCAGGAAGGAAGUCUUUGAUUCUAUUGUUCGUUGUCGUGCUGCUGGUAUCAGAGUAAUUGUCAUCACUGGUGAUAACAAGGCCACGGCUGAGGCCAUCUGCCGACGUAUUGGAGUGUUUGGUGAAGAUGAAGACACAACUGGCAAAUCCUAUUCUGGUCGUGAAUUUGAUGACCUUCCUUUAUCUGAACAAAAAGCUGCUUGUGCCAGGGCCAGGCUCUUCUCCAGGGUAGAACCUGCUCACAAAUCCAAGAUUGUUGAAUACCUCCAGAGCAUGAAUGAAAUCUCUGCUAUGACUGGUGAUGGUGUCAAUGAUGCUCCAGCUCUGAAGAAGGCCGAGAUUGGUAUUGCUAUGGGUUCAGGAACAGCUGUUGCUAAGUCAGCAUCUGAGAUGGUACUUGCUGACGAUAACUUCUCAUCCAUUGUAGCAGCUGUUGAGGAAGGCAGGGCCAUUUACAACAACAUGAAACAGUUCAUUCGUUACCUUAUCUCAUCAAACAUUGGAGAAGUCGUAAGUAUCUUCUUAACCGCUGCAUUGGGUCUGCCUGAAGCUCUUAUCCCUGUACAACUGUUGUGGGUCAACCUGGUUACUGAUGGUCUCCCAGCUACUGCCCUUGGUUUCAACCCACCUGACUUGGACAUCAUGGAGAAGCCACCAAGGAAAGCCGAUGAAGGUUUGAUUUCUGGCUGGUUAUUCUUCCGCUACCUCGCCGUUGGAGGUUAUGUUGGUGCUGCUACCGUUGGAGCUGCUGGCUGGUGGUUUAUGUAUUCACCGGAGGGACCACAGAUGACCUACUAUCAACUGACCCAUCACCUUUCAUGCCUCCCCGGAAACACUGAAUUUGCCGGCAUCGAUUGCAACAUCUUCCACGAUCCCCACCCCAUGACAAUGGCUUUGUCUGUUCUUGUCACGAUUGAGAUGUUGAAUGCCAUGAACAGCUUGUCUGAAAACCAGUCUCUGCUUACGAUGCCACCAUGGUGUAACAUGUGGCUCAUUGGCUCCAUGGCUCUUUCCUUCUCACUUCACUUUGUCAUCCUUUAUGUCGACAUUCUUUCGACUGUGUUUCAAGUCACUCCAUUAUCUGUUGAUGAGUGGCUGACGGUGAUGAAGUUCUCAAUCCCUGUUGUACUGCUAGAUGAGACAUUGAAGUUUGUUGCAAGGAAGAUCGCCGAUGGUAAGGGAUACUUGAGAACUUGUCAUGGCAUCGUCCUCAUGUGGUCUACCUUCUUCCUCAUCAUCAUCUUCGGCCCCCUUUAGUUCUUAGGGCUGGAAGCUUCCCACACAUGUCCCUUUUCCUUUCAAUGUUCCCUCUCUUUUGUCGUCUUUCUCAGGUUUUUAUACAUAAGUAAUACUGCUAAUAAAGGAACUGUGCAUAGCCGGCCAGGCUAAUGUGAUAUGCGUCAGUGCUGGAGGUGAUAUGCGUGUCAUGUGCUAGUGGACUUGUGAUACCAAUUUCUGUUUUAUCAUGUUUUUAACCCCGUUAGCUAAGAAGGAAGUAAUGCAAUUGGCAGAGAGCAUUGGAGUGAAGACAAAGAGGUUCACAGGACACCCCUCAUGUUUGCAAUAGCUUAUAUUACUAACUAUGUGUGCCUAAACUAACUGAUGUCAUAUCACUUGAGAACAACUCAACUAAACAUCAGGGUGUAAAAGAUGGCGAAAUGGGAUGAUCAAAAAGAAAAAUUUAAUAAAUGGGGAAGAAUAGUUUCUGUAAAUAGUCCAUUUCAUUAUUUAAUGUUAUUUUUCAUAAUAAAUAUGAUUUUGAAACCAAAAUUUGAUGGUCAAGAAUUUAUAUAUUUAUAAUCAUAAAUUAAUAGUAUAUAUUUUGUAUAUAGUUUGUAAGGAGGGAAUGAGGGUUUAAUUAUGGCUCUAAUAAGUGGCCUGUCCUUGAGUCAUUAGAAUAUUUUAAGAAAAAUUUUGAUUGAUAAAUUGAUUGUGAAAUAAUUUUUUUUUUUAUCCUAAAUCGACUUCAUUUAUGUUACAUUAUUGAGCUUUAAGCUUUGGAGUUGUUGUUAUAUUGUUUUUUGUCAAUGUAUCCUAUCACUUGCUGUCAUUAAAAAGGUACAGAAACCUGAUUGAUAGUAUUAUGUAUUUAUGUACUUGUGCAUUCGAAGGUACAGGCCAAGCUUGAUUGAUUGCUCCAUAAUAUCUUUAUUGUGAAAAUAUUGUCAGUAUGUCUAAAAAAAAACCUUCCAUAAAAAAUGUAGUUUAUAAUUAAUUGAUCAUAGAAGUAAUAUUUUUAGAUUGCCUUGAUUUUCAAACAUUAAACAGCUUCAACUUUUUUUUUUUCCUUUUUUUUAUUGCAUUUUAUUUAGAGCAUUUGGUUUAAAUUAUUGAUAAUGGUAACAAUCAAGCUGCUUAUUGGAAUUUAAUUUUUAAAUACAGGCAAUAGAGAUAUUUUUAUCUGCUUCAUAAAUGUAACCUGCAUCUUUCUGAAUUAAUCUUUUGUUUAUUAUCUGAUUUUUUCUUUUAUAUUUAUAAGUUUUAAGUAUGGUAAGCAAUUAACUAUCUGCCUAUUGUACUUAAAAGUACGCACGAAAUGCAGUAUGCUUUAUAUGAUCAAUAUUAAUUUUAUUUUGCAUAUUGUAUACCUCAAAGAAUGUGGCUGCAUUGGAACUAAGGUAUAAUUUUUCUACUUUGUUAACUUUUACGCUUUUUUUAUUUAUUAAUUUUGCCACUGGUUCUCAAUUUAGUCCUCAUUGUUAUAAUUUUCUGUGUUAUAUUUUAAAUGAAAUUAAAUGCUUGUUGUGACAUACUUUUUUCUAAAACUGAAGGAUAAAAUUCUAAAACAGCUAUUAAGAUAAAGUAGAUUCCCUCCAUUAUUACCUUAGCAGACUGAGGAGUAGAAUCAUUAAGGAAAAGAAUCAAGAUAAUUUAUUUUUAUUUGAUUAACUAUGUGGUUCCUAGUUUUUAGAAGUAUUAAUAUCAAAUAAAGUUGCCGACUUUAGUUGUUUGACACAUUAUAUUACUGUUUCAAAAGCCUCCUUUGCUGUUCUGACAAGUAUGAAUGCAGCAUAAAAAAAAAAAAAAAUAAUAAUACAAACAUUUUUUCAUGCUAAAUCA